AUGUCUCUCGUAACCAAAAAGGACGAGGAGAACGGCCUCAGCACAUACUAUAACAACAAAACGACCGUUAUCCAGGAGGCCCGUGUCUUCAACGAUUCCCCCAUCAGUCCCCGAAAAUGCAGAGCACUGCUCACCCGGAUCGUGUACUUGCUCUACAUUGGGGAGACCUUCGGGACGCAGGAGGCAACGACGCUGUUCUUUGGGACGACUAAGUUGUUCCAGCAUAAAGAUAGUGCUCUCCGGCAAAUGGUGUACUUGACGAUCAAGGAACUGGCUACUACGGCAGAAGAUGUCAUCAUGGUCACCAGCAGUAUCAUGAAAGACAUGCAACCCAACUCAGAAGUCAUUUAUAGGCCGAACGCUAUUCGUGCACUCUGUCGGAUUAUAGACCCAUCCAUGGCGCAAGGCGUGGAACGGUUCUUCAAGGCGGCCAUAGUCGACAAGAAUCGAUCCAUUUCGUCCGCCGCACUUGUCUCUGCAUAUCAUCUAUUCCCGGUAGCGAAGGAUGUAGUCAAACGAUGGGUGAAUGAAGCGCAGGAAGCCGUGACCCCAAAGUCUGUGUCGAUGUUUAGUGGCAACACCUCGGGCUCCUACCUUGGCUGGGGCGGCUCCUCUGGUACUUCGAACAGCGGCUACCAGCCUGUUCCGUCGACGAGCUACAUCACACAAUAUCAUGCUUUGGGUCUACUUUAUCUCAUCCGCCAGCAGGACCGCAUGGCUGUCACAAAGAUGAUCCAACAAUUGGGCGGAGGGAAGUCUGGUGCCGGCACCACGUUGAAAAACCCCAUGGCACUCUGUAUGCUCAUCCGCUAUGCAGCCAAGGUCAUUGAAGAGGAUCCUAAUGUGCAGCAGCAGAUGUUCGACCUUCUCGAGGGCUGGUUGCGGCAUAAGAGCGACAUGGUCAACCUUGAAGCCGCCCGUGUCAUCUGCGAGAUGAAGAAUGUAACACCAACACAGCUGACAAGACCAAUAGCGGUGCUCCAGCUUUUCCUCUCUUCGCCGAAGCCCACGUUGAAGUUUGCUGCUACUCGUACCCUCGCUUCGCUGGCCUUAACCCACCCUUCAAGUGUCGCUGCAUGUAAUAUGGACCUGGAGAACCUGAUCUCAGACCAGAACAGGAGCGUAGCCACAUACGCAAUCACUACCUUGUUGAAGACUGGAAACGAAGCGUCUGUCGACCGUCUCAUGAAGCAAAUCACUGGCUUCAUGAGCGAGAUCAGUGACGAGUUCAAAGUUAUCAUCGUUGAUGCCAUCCGGUCGCUCUGCCUCAAGUUCCCCGCGAAACACGCCUCGAUGCUCUCCUUCCUCUCCGGCGUCCUGCGCGACGAGGGCGGAUACGAGUUCAAGCGCGCGGUCGUGGAGGCAAUCUUCGAUAUGAUCAAGUUCAUCGGCGAAUGCAAGGAGCAGGCGCUCUCGCAUCUCUGUGAGUUCAUUGAGGAUUGCGAGUUCACCAAACUCUCCGUUCGUAUCCUGCAUUUGGUCGGCAUGGAGGGCCCGAAGGCUCCGCAGCCUACGAAGUACAUUCGUUUCAUCUACAACCGUGUCGUAUUGGAAAAUGCUACUGUCCGCGCUGCUGCUGUGUCGAGCUUGGCGAAGUUUGGGCUGAACGGCCUGGACGAUAAACUCGGCAAGAGUGUUAACGUUCUUCUCAAUCGAUGCUUGGACGACGUCGAUGAUGAGGUUCGUGAUCGGGCUGCCAUGUAUCUGAAAGUGUACGAUGCACCCAGUCUUGCUGCAACAUACAUCAAAGAGGAGUCUGUGUUUUCCCUUCCCGCUUUGGAGUCCAAGUUGGUCUCUUACAUUAGCGACACUGACGCUCUGGCGACACCGUUCGACGUGUCAUCAGUACCGAAGAUCAGCAGAGCGCAAGCAGCGAAGGAGGCGGCUCGUCCAAGUAGCUUGGAGACCAUUGGCGUGCCGUCGACAUCGAAAGCGGCGACGCCUCCGCCGCAGACAUCUGCCGAGACACAAUCAGCAUAUAUCCAGCAGUUGGCGGAGGUCCCAGAGCUUGCGUCGUACGGCCCCGUCCUUCACAGCAGUAUCAAGCCUGCGCAGCUCACUGAGAGAGAGACUGAGUACCAAGUCUCGUGUGUUAAGCACAUAUACAAGGAACAUAUUGUAUUCCAGUUUAAUGUAUCGAACACCAUUCCGGAUACUGUGCUGGAGCAAGUAUCUGUGAUUAUGCAGCCGCAAGCAGAUUCGGGAUUGACAGAAGACUUCAUUAUACCCCUGCCGAGCCUUUCCUUAGCGACAUCUCCAGGCAUUGUCUACGUCUCCUUCACGCGCGAUAGCCCAGCAGAGUAUGCAACCACCUCGUUCUCAUGCAUCCUCAAGUUCGUAAGCAAGGAAUUGGAUCCUUCGACGGGCGAGCCAGAACAAGAGGGCUACGAAGACGAGUACCAGCUCGAAGAGACAGAGCUCGCCGCGGCAGAUUACAUCGUCCCCAGCUAUGUCACGUUCGCGUCGGAGUGGGAUCGCCUGCGGGACGGUGGAUCUGCCACAGAGACAUUCUCGCUCUCUGCAAUGGAAUCUAUGAAAGCUGCGUGUGACUCGAUCAUCGAGAUCCUCAACAUGCAACCGCUGGGUGGGACGGAGGAUCCGCAGAACCCGACGGUGCAUACGCUGCAGCUGUCUGGGCUGGUCGCGGGCGGCGGUGGCAAGAUUCUGGUGCGGUGUCGCAUGACCUACUCGAAGGCGCAGGGUGUGACGCUGGAGCUGGGUGUGCGAGCGGAGCAGGAGGAUGCGUGCAACCUGGUCGUAGCCGCGAUCGGUGGUUGA